AUGGACGCCUCCUCCCUCCGCAUCUCCAAGUUCGAUGGAACUAACUUCCACGCCUGGAAGUUCAAGAUGCAGAUGGUGCUGGAGGAACGGGACCUAUGGGAGGUCGUCAGCGGUGAGAUCAAGGCGGAACAGUGCGAGACUCAGUUGGACCAAGCGACGUACAAGAGGAAGUCAAGAAAGGCGAUGGCAGUGAUCUGUCUAGCCAUGGAAGAUUCCCAGCUACCGUUGGUCCGGUCGGCAAGUGGUGCAUGCGACGCAUGGUCAAGGUUGGAAGACCACUUCGAGAAGAAGAGUCUUGCCAACAAGCUGUUCUUGCGCCGUCGCUUCUUCACGACAAUGAUGGAAGAAGGCGACGAUGUGCUCGAACACAUCAACAAGCUCAAGACGCUGGCGGAACAGCUAGAAGCGGUGGGGGCUCCAGUCUGCGAGGACGAUCUGGUGAUCACACUUCUCGGCAGCCUGAGUGACUCGUAUCAAUUCUUGAUCACAGCUUUGGAGUCGCGCUCAGACACUCUUAGCUGGGAGCUCGUGAUGUCUCGACUGCUUCAUGAAGAAAUGAAGCGGAAGGAGCAAGGAAGUAAAGGUGAUGAAGCUUCGCAAGGUCAAGCGUUCAUCACAAGGGACAAUCAGCGCAAAGGGCGACCAGUGAAGAAGUCCUGGCCGUGCCACAAUUGCGGAAAGAUUGGUCACUGGAUGGCGGAGUGCCCCUCGCGCAUCCAAGAAAACACGGAGAGACACCGGCCACAGCGUGCUCAAGACAGCGGCGACCGCUAUCGAUCACAACGUGCAAACGUCGCUCAAGAAGAAGACUCGGGCGACUACCUCUUUCGAUCGGUGAAACGACAUCUGCGAAAUCGAGCGACAUCUGGCUGGUCGACUCCGGGGCGACGCAGCACAUGA